CUCAUCUCAGCCAAUCACGAGGUGCAGCACGUGGAGGUGGAGCUGGUGACUCCAGCGGCGGCGGGGGAGUCGCCAAAGACGGGCAUCAUCCGGAGGACCCUCAAGUACUCGGAGACGGACCUGGACGCCGUGCCCCUGCGCUGCUACCACGAGACCGACAUCGAUGAGGUGCUAUUGGCUGAGCAGGAAGACGCCGACUCAGCGUUUGGGAGUAACCGUAGUGUGAAAAGCACGUCGGGUACAGGCAGCAGCCCCCUGGGUGUCUGUCCCUAUGAGAGAACGAGUGGGGAGGAGGAGGAGGUGGAAGGAGAGGAGGAAGAGGAGGAGGAUGACGAGGAGGACGAGGAGGAGGUAGUGAGCUGGGUCUCAGUGAGGAUGCAGGGGGACAUUAAGAGGCAGCAGCAGCAGCAGGUGAUCAGUCAGCUGCUGAAGAGGCCAUUGGACAGUUUCUUCGACAACCUCCCGGUCCUCAAGUCGCCCAUCCUGGUUUCGGGGCCUCGUCUGGCAGGCACGACUGAGGACACCUUCAGCCGCCAUUUUGAGAGCAUAAUGGAGUCACAUCGCGCCAAGGGCACAUCCUACUGCAGCCUGGACAGCGAGGAGCUGCUGACCUCCAGCACCCAGACAGUCCUGACCUUUGACCUUCCCACACUGACCCCAGAGAUCCAGGGCGGUCAGAUGAUCUGUCAGAGCGCCCGGCACAUUGUCAAGUUGAGUUUCGCCCCACUGGCCCACUGCGAGAGGGGAACAAGCCUAUCAGAUUCCAUCGUCACGGUGACAGGCGACUCGGACGCCACGCGCGCCCCCUCCAGCGAAAGGCUGAGCAGUGGCUCGGAGGACACACUCCCGCGAGGGGGCGGGGCACGGAUGUUGGGGAGCAGCUGGUACAGCAACCCCACAUUCUCCUUCCCUAGGGAGAAGGCUCGUCUGGCGACAGACUCGGAGCUGGAUCAGGACCUCAGUGAGCGGCUGGGACUGGGGAGCAGCGACACCCUUACCAACGGUAACCGUGCUGACGGGGAGGCCGCUAAGCGCCUGGCCAAGCGCCUUUUCACCCUGGACGGCUUCAGGAAGUCCGACGUGGCCCGUCACCUCAGCAAGAACAAUGACUUCAGUCAUAAGGUUGCAGAGGAGUAUCUACACUUCUUUAACUUCACAGGUCUUAAUGUGGACCAGGCUCUGAGAGCCUUACUCAAACAGUUUUCCCUGAUGGGAGAGACUCAGGAGAGGGAGCGGGUGCUGUCUCACUUCUCCAGGAGAUACCUGCACUGUAACCCAAAACUCAUACCCUCUGAGGAUGGUGUUCAUACCUUGACCUGUGCCCUGAUGCUGCUAAACACAGACCUGCAUGGCCAUAACAUUGGCAAAAGGAUGUCCUGCACACAGUUCAUUGACAACCUGGAGGGUCUGAAUGAGGGUCACGACUUUCCCAAAGACUUGCUGAAGGCCCUGUACAACUCAAUCAAGAAUGAGAAGCUUCAAUGGACAAUCGAUGAGGAGGAGAUGCGGAAGUCUUUCUCGGAGCUGGGGGACACCAACCAGGCUGACUCCACCUCUAAACACAUGAAGAGCAUGGCCAGCGGUGGGAAACACCUCGUGGUCAUGGCCCAGCCCUCGGGAGCCCUGCUGUACAAGAACGGCUUCCUGGUGCGCAAGGUGCACGCCGACUCAGACGGCAAGAGAACACCGCGUGGGAAGAGAGGAUGGAAGACGUUCUAUGGCAUUCUGAAGGGGCUGAUUCUCUACCUGCAGAAGGGAGAGUACCGGCCAGAUAAACAGCUGUCGGACGAGGAUCUGAAGAACGCCGUGUCUAUCCACCACUCUCUGGCGAUGAGGGCUGCUGACUACAGCAAGAGACCCAAUGUGUUCUACCUCCGCACCGCCGACUGGAGAGUCUACCUCUUCCAGGCACCAAAUGCGGAGCAAAUGCAGUCGUGGAUCACGCGCAUCAACACGGUAUCAGCCAUGUUCUCAGCACCACCCUUCCCUGCAGCCAUUGGUUCACAGAAGAAAUUUGCCCGACCGCUGCUGCCAGGCUCCACCUCCAAACUGUCACAGGAGGAGCAGGUCCAGUCCCAUGAGGCUCGGUUCCGGGCCAUCUCCACUGAACUGGCUGAGCUGCGCUCGUAUCCUCCAGACCGAAAGGUCAAAGGCCGUGAGCUGGAGGAGUACCGCCAGCGGGACGAGUACCUGGAGUUUGAGAAAACGCGCUAUGGUACCUACGCCAUGCUACUGCGGGCCAAGAUCCGCUGCGGCGAGGAUGACUUGUCCGUAUUCGAGGCCCAGAUCCUGGAGGACAAUGGCCUGCAGCGCGCCCACUCCAGCCCCACACUACAGGACAGCAGCCAGGCCAGCCAGGCCAGCCAGGUCUCCCAGGGCAGCAGCACCAAGGAGCCGGUGGGCUGCAGCGGUAUAGGAAAAGGCUCCAAGCGCACAGAGGGCCAGAGAUACAGCUACCGCCAGGCCGUCAAGAAGUGAGUCAGGGCGGGGUGCUGGGUGGUGAUGACGUGGCAGGCUUGUCUCCCUGCGCAGGUUAUUUGAGAUCUGGGUGAGGGGGGGUUAUAGGAGCUUGAAAAGGAGCGGGGUGAGAGUUUACUGUAUACACCCCACCCCCCACCAUGGCGUCCCCAUCCAGCACCCCCGAUCUCCUCAGCCAGUAGUGGAGGUGUAGAGGUGCAGGUCCUAUGACUGGCGCGGUCACUGGCCAAUGCCAGCGGUGUGUUGGGACAUGAGGGAGGGAGGAGCAUUGGAGAGGUCAUGGAGCUUGGACAGGAGGUAUUUGAGAGAAGGCUUUCUGGAUACAGUAAUAGACUGUACUAUACCAUACGGUAAGACAGAGGGUCCUCCUGUAAGCGGUAGCUCCGCCGUACAGGGACUCCCAUCCAGCAUCCUUUCCUUCUAAUUCUUUGAGGUCACCUCUCUCACAAACCKCUCCACCAACCUUUUUUCUUGACGUUGUUUUUUCUGAUUUGGGACCAAACAUGUUUACACGUUUGACACCUUAAGUCUCCAAUGACUGUUCUGUUGAUUUCAACAUGUGUUACUYUACUGUAAUACUGCAGUAAGAGGAGCUAGACCCUAGACUCAUUGCAGUUCCAUUUUUUCCACAACAUCAGGGUGUGUCCACAUUCCAUGAGGGAGCCUAAACACUCGGGUACUUGCAGUUCCUGAACUUUUCUUUGGGGCAAAUAUGGCGGCAACAAGGUGGCUCUAGUGGAUCCGUAAUGGCAGUGCACUAUGCAUCAGGAUCCGCAAUGGAGGUUCAGUUGCAGCUCUUCCUCCUGGCCCGAAUCAGGGCGAGGGCAGAGGAGAGACUGAGCUCUCAUGACUUCAGACACUCCACUCUCUACAGACUCUCACUCUUCUCCCCUCUCAGAGAGGGGGUAACUGUGGCUCCCAUCUCUAUCCUAUCUCCCAAAUGGGUUGUCAGUGUGGCGGAUGUCAUUUGAGGCAUGUCAUUAUAAACUGGGUGGUUCGAGCCCUGAAUGCUGAUUGG